GCGGAUAUAGCUACGAACGAACGCAAGUUUCGUAAGCGACGGCGGCAGUUACAACGGCGAAAGAGAGUAAAUCCGAAUUUCGGGGAAGCUCUACCCCGCGCUAGGUGGGAUGUCAUAGCUACAUAUAUGCUGUCAUUCCCUCGUAGCUUCAAGUCUAGACUUUGACGCCCAAAACACCUGAACUUUACGCCUUAACCACGCAAAAAGAUUAAAAUGACUCGAGUACUACUUACCGGAGGAAGCGGCUUCAUCGCUGCGCAUACGCUCGAUAUCCUCCUAGACCAUGGACAUAGUGUAGUCACCACGGUGCGCACCCAGGAGAAGGCGGACAAGAUCAAGGAAUCAUACAAGAGCUACGUCGACAAGGGCCAAUUGAGCUUCGCCAUUGUUCCGGAUAUCGCUCAACCAGAUGCUUUCGAGAAGGCUGUUAUCUCAGACCCUCCAUUCGAAGCUGUGCUUCACACUGCCAGCCCGUUCCACUUCAAUGUCACUGAUGUCCAGAAAGACCUGAUUGACCCUGCUGUCAUUGGAACAACUGGCAUCUUGAAGUCAAUCAAGAAGAGUGCGCCCUCCGUCAAGAAUGUCGUCAUCACAUCCUCGUUCGCCGCCAUUGUAAACGGAAGCAAAGGUUUCUGGCCAGGACACGCAUACUCUGAGGACGACUGGAACCCGAUCACACAAGAAGAAGCCACGGAGAACCCCAUGAUGGGAUACCGUGCCAGCAAGACGUUCGCUGAGAAGGCUGCGUGGGAAUUUGUUGAGAAGGAGAAGCCCAACUUCACCGUCUCCACGAUUAACCCACCGAUGGUAUUUGGGCCAAUUGUCCACGCUCUUGACAGCCUUGACAACAUGAACACCUCGAACCAGCGCAUUCUAUCUGCGGCACAAGGCAAGUUUAAGGACGAAAUCCCACCCAGUGGUGUGCAUCUGUGGGUGGAUGUUCGGGACGUCGCAGAGGCACACGUAGCUGCAUUCGAGAAACCGGAAGCAGCCAACAAGCGCUUCUUCGUUACGGCCGGAUACUUCUCCAACAAGGAGCUAUGCCAGAUCAUUAAGAAGAACUUCCCCGACUUCAAGGACCUGCCAAGCGACUCAACACCUGGCGGCGACUACCCAGAAGGCACACCUGAGAAGGGCCUCUACACAUACAACAAUAAGCGCUCCAUCGACAUCCUUGGUCUCAAGUAUAAGACUUUCGAGCAGUCGAUCGUCGACUCUGUCAAGUCCUUCCAGAAGAAGGGAUUGUAGAUGGCCGCAUCGAUUAUUCGGAAGGAUAGAUGAACGGGAACAACGGUAUUCGAUUGGCUAUGUACCCUAUUUGGAUGGCGCGCUUGUUUGAGCGGCAAAGCAUCGGUCGCGUGCAUGGCAAUCUGAAGAAGACAUGUUAGCAUAUGCCAUCUCCAUGUAAUAGACAAUACAGAGUGUGUAUGGGCAAUCAGCCUGUUGAGCUUGAAAUUUUUUGGACUUCACCGUCUUUGACUCGGAAGUUAUCGUUUGUGUUGAUCAUCAUAAUGCAGGAGUGGAGAGAGAUGGUGAUAACUUACCGAUGAGUAUUGCGACGCGACGCUGACCACAACAUAGGUGCUGCAUAAAGCUGUUGAUGGCCAGCGUUGAUGUG